AACCGCGUUUGCGAUGUUUGCCUAUGGAAGAAAAACAAAUCGAAAAUGGCGUCUCAAUAUCGUUUAAUCGUAUGAGUUUUGAAUUUGGAAUUUAGGUGUACUAAACCUUUGUCUCAGGAUUUAAGGAUGGCGGGUCAUGUUCCUGGAUCAUCGACCUCGUCAUCCGUUACUGAAGAGCUGUAUUUUCUCAUCGCCCGGUUUCUGUCUCAGGGCCCUUGUCGCGGUGCUGCAGAGGCAUUACAAAGAGAAUUGAAGGAAAACAAGCUUUUACCGAAAAGAAUCGACUGGGAGGGCACAGAACACGAAAGAAGUUAUGAAAAUUUGGUGGAUCUGAAUCGCCAUAUUAAAUCUGAUCACCUUCUAAAAAUAUGUCAGCGUUUGGGACCCCUAUUAGACAAGGAGGUAAAGCCCGGUGUGUGUGGGGUACAAUCUCUGCUAGGGGCUGGAAGCCAGUCUCUCCUCAGGACCAAAGAAGCGAUAGAGAAUCCAGUGUGGACCCCUCCCACCCAUGUUGUGACCCAUCAUCACCGCCCACUGUAUCCUCCCAAAAACCUGGUCUCUCCAUCGUUUUUGUAUGUGAUUCGUGCUCGGGAGAUGUCAGGACAGUCCCGGACGGACCACGCCUGUCCCAAUCACUUCUACACAAAGAUCAACAUGCACGCCCGCAAGCUGGGGCACCUGUCAGCCGUGUACUGUGUGUCCUUCGACAGAACGGGGAACUAUAUAUUCACUGGAGCGGAUGAUGCCCUCAUCAAAAUCUGGAAGGCCAGUAACGGAAGACUGUUGGCUACUCUCAGGGGACACAACUCUGAGAUAACAGACAUUGCUGUGAACCAUGAGAACACCCUGCUGGCCUCAGGGAGCUGUGACAAGACGAUAAGGGUGUGGUGUCUGAAGACCAAGGCCCCCAUAGCAGUGUUACAGAGCCACACAGGGACCAUCACCUCACUGCAGUUCUGUCCCCAGGCUCGGGGUGAGUCUCGGGUCCUCAUGUCUACGGGGGGAGAUGGCUGUGUCUGUUUCUGGGUGUGGGAUGUAACCACCAACACAUUCAAUCCUAAACCCCAUAAGUUCAUCGAGCGGUCCAGGGCGGGGGCCCAGAUGCUGUGUUCUUCCUUCAGCCCUGGGGGUGUGUUCUUAGCCACAGGGAGUGCUGACCAUGUAAUCAGGGUCUACUUCAUACACAACACAAAACCAGAGAAAAUCUCAGAACUGGAAUCACACACAGACAGGGUGGACAGUAUUUGUUACUGUAACCAUGGUAACAGGUUUGUCAGUGGGAGUAAGGAUGGAACAGCCAGGAUAUGGAGAUACGAAAGACAGGAAUGGCGGGCUGUGGUACUUUACAUGAACACAACACUGGAGAGCACAAACAAGAAUGAUUUGGAGGAUGUCAAGAGGUUUCGAGUGACGAUGGUUUCUUGGAACAUGGAUGACUCUCUGGUGAUAACAGCAGUCAGUGACUUCUCCAUCAAAGUGUGGAACUCUCACACAGGGAAUCUGGUUCACAUCCUCAAAGCACAUGAGGACGAGAUCUUUGUGUUGGAGCACAGUCCUGUGGAAUCACGGAUCAUGCUGAGUGCUGGACACGACGGCAAUAUAGCGAUCUGGGACCUACACAAGGGGAAGAAAAUCAAGUCUUUCUUUAACAUGAUUGAGGGUCAGGGACACGGUGCGGUGUUUGACUGUAAGUUUUCCCUGGACGGACUGAGCUAUGCUGCCACAGACUCUCACGGGCACCUGCUACUGUUUGGAUUUGGUUCCAAUGAAAAACAUAAAAAGAUCCCCGAGGAGGUGUUUUUCCACACAGAUUACCGACCACUGAUGCGUGACGCCAACAACUAUGUUCUGGAUGAGCAGACACAACAACCUCCCCACCUCAUGCCCCCUCCGUUUCUUGUGGACAUUGAUGGCAAUCCUUACCCCCCAAGGUUCCAGAAGCUGGUUCCAGGAAGGGAGCAAUGCAACAACGACCAACUGGUACCUCAGAUGCAAGUCAACGAAGAAGGUUCACAAGAGGUUGUGGGAGACCUUGAAGCUUUAAUAGAAGAGCACCCAGAAGAGCCCCAACCACUCCAACCACCUCAGCCAGCUGAUGUUCCUCCCCCUGAUGGCGUGGCCCAGGAUAACCGACCAAACAUUGAUAACAUGAUCCAACAGUUACAGAGGGAGCAGGAUCAGAGGAUAGCCAGAGAGGGGCGGGACCCACUAGCAAGUCCCCCUCCCCAGCUGGGCUCCCCAAGAGUCAAUAGGUCAAGUUCAGUUGUAAAUGUUGGGCUGAGGAGAACUGGUGAGAGAGAGGGGGUGCGGCAGUCACUUGGAAAUAUUUCCCAGAGGGCCACACAGUCGGACAUUGCUGCUCUGAGUCGCAGGGUGUUUGUCAAGGAGCUGGAUUCGGCCGCAUUGUUGCGAGAUGAAGACAUGAGAUUGGCAUACGCAAAUGAGGAGUCCAAAUAUUUUCUUGCAGAAAGGAAAAAGAAACCUUAUAACUUUGAUGCUGACAUUGAUGGUGGAUCACGAUUCAAAGCUCGACAGAAGAACAAAAGCAGAAGGGAAAAUGUGAGCAGUCAACGAGAGAAUGAGGAAGUAGCGACCAAUCGGCUGGUGACGCGAGCUCUUUACGACACGGAGGAGGAAGAGGAGGAAGAAAAUGGGGAUGUGUCUGAUGCUUUCUUCAGCAGCGACAAUGAAAAUGAUGAAGGAGAGUCCAGCGAGUACUCGGACUGGGUGGGAGACGCUGGGGUCAGUCUUCAGCCUCCCAAACGCAAGUCCAAACGACAGGUCAAGCGGCGGAAGCUGUCCUCAUCAGAAGAUGAUGAGGAGGUGGAAGUUGUGGAUGAUGAUGAUGAUGACAAUUAUGAUGAAGACAGCACGCGAGACUCGGCCAGAAGUUCUAGCAGUCGUAGACAGCAGCCCAAGAGGAAAAAACCGCCCCCACCCACACGCAAAAAGCCCUCCAAAAACAAACGAAGGAAAGAAAAGAUUGUCAAAAAAAUGGAGGACAUCACAGAACUUCCGGAGGAAUUCCGUCCUCCAGAAUGGCUGACCGAUGUAAUUCCCAGGAAGUCCCCCUAUGUACCUCAGAUGGGGGAUGAUGUCAUGUACUUCAAACAAGGGCAUGAACUCUACCUCUUAGCUGCGAAGAAGCGUAACGUCUAUCACGUGGAUCUCAGAAAAAACCAGCCGUGGCAUGCCAAUCCAAAUCUCAGGGAACAAGAGCACAUGAAGAUCGUUGGGAUUAAGUAUGAAGUUCGUCCACCUCGCCUUUGUUGUCUGAAAAUGGCGUACGUUGACCCAGCAACUGGAAAACCAACCCGUAACUCUUUCACAUUCAAAUAUCAUGACAUGCCUGAUGUCAUUGACUUCAUUGUCCUUAAACAAGCCUAUGAUACUGCCAUGAGGAGAAACUGGAAAGCAGGGGACAGAUUUCGGUCCAUGAUUGACGAUGCCUGGUGGUUUGGUACGAUUGCUAGUCAGAGUCCAUAUGAAGCCAUCUAUCCAGACAGCAUGUUUCAAUGCUUCAUUGUCAACUGGGAUAACGGGGAGACCGAGCGACUGAGCCCUUGGGACAUGGAGCCAGUUAAUGAAGAGCAUCGGCCCGAUCGUAACGAAACUUGGAUCCCUGUCCAGCCGGAGGAGUUACGGUCCUUGAUGUACACGCCGGUGGAGGGGGAGUGGCCUCCGUGUGGGCGUGACGCUGAGUGUGACCGCAUCGCCCACGGAAUGGAGAGCAUCAUGCAGCACUCCAUAGCCGAACAGUUCCUGACUCCGGUUGACCUCAAUGUGUUCCCAAUCUAUGGCAUUAUCAUCGAGUACCUCAUAGAUCUCACCACCAUCAAAUCCAGACUGGAAAAUCGAUUUUACAGGAGAGUGAGUGCCUUGCAGUUUGAUAUAAGAUACAUUGAACACAAUGCUAAAGCAUUCAAUGAGCCGGGUACACCAAUAGUGAAGAGUGCGAGGAUUCUGACGGAGGCAUUACUCAGGUUCACUAGUGACACAGACUGUACUGAUCCGAUGCCUAUCCUCAAUCAGCUGUGUCACCAGGAGAAAGUUGGGGGCGUGUCCUCAGGAAGUGACACGGAGGACACCGCCGACUCCAGCAAACACAAGCAUGCAAAUGAAGAUCAGCCAGGAACCAGCUCCAAGAAGAAACCUGCAGCGGCUCCAGUGAGCAACAAAAACCCAGAUUCCUGGAAGUCUGAGUGCCUGACUCUUCUGGAGACGAUAUUCCAGUGUGAAGAUUCUAGUCCUUUCAGAUUUCCUGUUGAUCCAGAUGAAAUUCCAGAGUACUUUGACGUCAUAGAGAACCCAAUGGAUCUGUCCACAGUGAAGGAGAACCUGCUCAGUGACAAGUACUCCAACCCCAACAGUCUGUUCCGCGACCUCCGACUCAUAUUCUCCAACUCCAGGACCUUCAACACCAAUAAGAGAUCUAGAAUUUAUGCCAUGACGUUGAGGUUGUCUGCCAUGGUUGAGGAGAAAAUGAAAGAGAUUAUAAAUAGUUGGAACUCUGCCGUCAAGCACAAGAAGAGCUCGCCUCGGCAGACUGCAAGCAAUUUCACCUCCAUUGCACACAGCAGUAGGAGUAUCAGAAGUCAGCCACGCCGAAUGGCUGCCACUGCGGCAUCGUCAAGUAUCAGAGCCAGCUCACGCCAUAACGGGGCAGGUCCAUCAACCGCAGAAAGUACCGCCGCAUCUCACUCAGAUCUCAACACAUCAGCCACCACCAUCGAGGUGGAUGAGGCUGAUCUGGAGGAUGACGACGACGAAGAUUACCAACCAAUCAAACCAAAGACCUCCUCACCCAGAAAGAGGCCAGUGAGGGUCCCUAAGCCAGUGGAGGAAAGCAACCAUUUUGACUCAGAUACAGAAUUAGAGGACGAGAUAGAGGAAGUGGAUGAGGACAAGACAGAGAGCGAGGAGGAGGAAGAGGAGGAGCCGGCAGUGAGGAACAUCGCUAGGUCAAGUAGACACAGAGGAAAAAGGCCGCUGACAAAUGGCAACUCAAGUAAUCACUACACAACACGUGCUGCCACAGGAUCCAUCAAGGUCAAACAUUUCAAAAAAAGUGGGUCAUACUCUGAAUCGGAGUCUCAGUCCAGUGACAAUGAUGAGGUGGUGGUGGUAGCAGCAUCUCAUGAAUCCUCAUCAUCUUCAUCAUCAUCUUCAUCAUCAUCGUCGGGCUCUGACACAGAGACCGACCCUAAAUCAAGUGACUCGGAAAACAGCCCCAAAACUCGCUCAAAGCGAAUAGCUCCACGUCUACGGACAGAGGUAGACUCGAGCAAGGGCCGAGCAAAGAAUUCUCAGAAACAGAAGGGACAAGAAAAGACUAAUAGCUCAGGGACUCGACGCACUAGAAAUCAGGGAAAACGAACUGUUCGUUACGAAGAAGACAGUGAUUACGAGUGUGGGGAUGGUGGGGCAUCAUCCUCAUACAGGACUCGGAAAAAGGCUCGCUAUGUCUCGCCCGAGAACAGUGACUCAGAAUCUGAUGGAACCUCAGAGGUCAUGAGAAGUAGUCGGGGUCGAAUACGUAAGCUCACACCUCGAGCCAGAGCAAGUCUUCGACAAUAAUGGCAGCUUGAUCAUUCACACCAAAUCAUUGUUAAUUGAUCAAAGUGUUUUUUUUUGGUUUAUUUCCUAAAACUGGUGAUUAAAACACAUAACAUUUAUAUAUUCUCAAAUUUUAAACAAGCUGUAACUAAACAAUAUAUCUACAUGUAUCAGUUGUUCAAGAUUUGUGGCAUAAUAGGCUUUAUUAACUUUCCGAUCCUGUCUCCAGCAGUUGAUGCAGUCAAUUUUUAUAAAACAGUAAGCAUGUUAUGUAAAAGUUAAAAGUAGUUAGAAUUAGAUUUCAAAUUAAUUUCACUUAGGGUUGGAAAAAAAAUAUUUAUCCUUUCAUGUGACAUAAGGAACUGCAUGAAUAUUUGUGACACUAAUUUGAAAAGACUUGAUAAUCAAUAAUAAUCAAAAGCAUGUCUAUAAAUUUUUUAAAAACUAUUUUAUUUACCAUCAAAUAGAAGGAAUCUUUAUACAACUUAGAAAAAGUUUUUUUUUUUAAAUUUCAAAAGUGGUCACAGGACUUUUAAAAGUGACUCCAUUUUUUGGUAUCUUUGUUAAUACAAGUGGAAUAUGUUUCUCAUAAAGUGCUUUAGAGAUUCUGUAACUCCACAUUUAGAGAUUCUGUAACUCCACAUCUCUCAGAAUUCUGAUUGCCUCUGUUUAAAUCUAGAAAUGUGUUCAUUUGAUAUUUCUGGUCAAUUCAAAUGUGUGGUGCUUGUGUUAAAAGAGAAAAGAGAGAUGACAUGAACGGAGGGAAAUUGUGUAACCAUACCAGUACAUAAGAUUAAGGUCUCUUGGUGGGUCUUCCAUUCUAUACAUCAUUUUACCAUGUCCAAUGAUUUUCAGGAGAUAUUGCUGUGCGAGAUGCAAUAGAAAAGUGCCAAAUACCAUAUUUCAUUGAAUCUUUUUCUUCAGAACUUCUAUGCAAGUUCUCAUACAAGUGCUUGUCAUCAAAAUAUAAGUAGUUAAUCUAGAUAUCAAAUAUUUGUUUAUUAUAUAAUUUAAACUUGCUAAUGGAAUUUCCAUUUCUGUCUAAAAGUUUCUACCGUCUUUAAUUUCCCCCCAUUUUAACAGCUUGAUUUCUUGAUAUAAACAUUUUUCAUAUACCAUGUAUACGUAUACUUUUAUACCAAAUUAAAAUUUUUAAGUUGAUUCCACAUUUUUUUAAAAGCUCAAUGAUCUACAUGUAUAUAACUGUCUGCUGAAGUUUUCCUUAAUGAUUAAGCUAUAUAAAACUGUACCAAAGUUUUGUAUAUUUGACUUCAAACCAAGCACAGUUUUUUUUCAUUUAAUAAUUGCUGUUGAGUUGAUGUUUUGUAGUUAAAGUAUUUCUUUUUCAGUACAAAUUGCUCAGAAAACAUAAGAAAACAAGAAUCAAAAUCUUACUUCAUGUAAUGAGUCUUUAACUAUAUAUUAUUCAUGGAACUCUUUUUUGUUUGGAGGGGAUGGGUGGGCACCAUAUUUUGAUCUCAUAGCCUGAAUGCAUGCGUGCGUGUUGAAACAGAGUGAAGAUCGGUCGCUGAUUGACUGACGGCUUGUGUAAGAUUUUUUCUGUUAUUUUUGUGUUGAAAAAAGUUGUUGCUUUAUUAUACAUUUACAAAUUUUUGAUAACAUUUAAAUAUAAUAAACAAAAGAAAUCAAA